UUAGCUACUAGACUCUCUCUCCAUUCAGUACCUCACCCUCUCAUCUGUCAAAGCAGAAACAAAAAAAGAGAAAGAAAAAAAGCUUAUUCUCAUCUUCCUCGCGAACAAACUCUUCACACUUCCACCCUCACUCAUCUUCUUCCUUUAACCAACACUAUUCACAUUUUCCACAAAGGAGGACAACCAAUACUCCCUUUCCGACAUCAUCUCCCUCUGUCCGUCUCCACCGGCGAAACCCACACACCCACUGUCUUCGCUUCUUCUUCACCACCUACCAUCCGCCCAUAUCCAUCGUUGGAUACACCACACCAACAUACACACCGCCUCACUCGUACUCUCUCCGUCGCUCGCCGGCAGCCCCAAACUUUGUUCUCCUCUAUCGGUGGCGGAUUCGAACCCUCGCCUUUAACCUUCCACCGGAUUCAACCCCGUAACCGCUGCAGAAACCGUCUCCAUCGUUACCAAACACAACAAGACGUCAAUAUUGAAAAUCUUGGAGAAGCACAAACUUUUCAACUUGGUCUCUCAAGGAUGACGACCAUGUUGUAGAUACAACUUUAAUGGUUGCUGCUAGUUACGAUUCAGAUUGUGAAGUUUUUAAGGCUCAUCAAGCACAUAACGUAUGAAAGGAAACCACUUCCACAAACAAAAUCAAACAUCACUCCUAGAGAAGACAUACAGCAGUAGCGAGUUCAACACGACACGAGGGUAAUGGUAGUAGUAGUAGUAGUACUACUACUAAUCAUGGAGGACAACAUGGUUCAUCGUGUUCAUGGAGGUUUCUAACAAGGAGGAAGAAGGUUAAUUCUCAUGUUGAGGACAACCACAACAAUUCUCAUGGAGUACAACUUGCUAAGGAGUUAACUAUUCCUCAUCUCAUGGCAGUUGGGGUAGGUGCAACAAUUGGUGCUGGUGUGUAUGUUCUAGUUGGAACGGUAGCUAGGGAGCAUGCUGGACCUGCUUUACCACUUUCAUUUAUGAUUGCUGGACUAGCAGCUGCUCUUUCAGCUCUUUGCUAUGCCGAGUUGGCUAGUCGCUUUCCUUCUGCUGGAAGUGCUUAUCACUAUGCUUACAUAUGUCUUGGUGAAGGGGUUGCUUGGUUGAUUGGUUGGUCCUUAAUUCUGGAAUACGGGAUUGGUGGAGCUGCUGUUGCUCGUAGCAUAACUCCUAAUUUGGCGGCACUUAUUGGCGGCGUUGACAACUUGCCAGCAUUUUUAUCCUAUCAACAUAUUCCUGGGAUUGAUAUUGUUGUAGACCCACUUGCAGCAAUUAUGGUAUUCAUAGUUACUUGGGUCCUCUGUACUGGGAUCAAAGAGAGUACAAUGGUACAAAGUAUAGUCACAUCAGUGAAUAUAUGUGCUUUGAUGUUUGUCAUAGUAGUUGGCGGUUAUUUAGGAUUCAAAUCUGGAUGGGUUGGAUAUGGUCUCCCAACCGGGUAUUUUCCAUUUGGGAUAGAUGGAAUGGUUGCUGGUUCUGCAACAGCUUUUUUUGCAUACAUAGGUUUUGAUGCAGUUGCCAGCACUGCUGAAGAGGUGAAAAACCCUCAAAGAGAUUUACCACUAGGAAUUGCUGCUUCGUUGUCUCUAUGUUGUGGACUCUAUAUGAUAGUAUCCAUUGUUGUUGUUGGUUUAGUACCUUACUAUGAUAUCAAUCCUAACACCCCUAUAUCCUCUGCAUUUGCUGACAAUGGAUUGCAAUGGGCAGCAUACAUUAUAAAUGCUGGGGCUAUUACAGCACUGUGUUCAUCAUUGCUUGGUGGAAUGUUGCCUCAGCCAAGAAUUUUGAUGGCUAUGGGAAGGGAUGGACUGCUUCCACCAUUUUUUUCCGACAUAAAUAAGCACAGCUAUGUUCCUGUAAAGAGUACCGUAGUUACUGGCCUUGUUUCUGCAGCCUUGGCGUUUUUCAUGGAUGUCUCACAACUUGCUGGGAUGGUUAGUGUAGGUACUCUUCUUGCAUUCACCAUAUCAGCAAUAACUGUGUUGAUAGUAAGAUAUAUCCCACCAAUUGAGGUUCCAUUGCCCCUUUCUCUACAAGAACCAAUUGAUGCAGAGUCAACCGAGUAUGAUUGGAGCCAUUUGGAAACAUUAGAAAAAGAUGCAAAAAAGAAAACCUUAGUUGUUCAAGAGGAUGUAUCAGUUGAUUAUUCCCUUAUUCCCAAAAAUCAUGCAAUAGACACAUUUGUACAUAAUGGAAAUAGGAAAGAAACUGUGGGGUGUGUAAUAGCAUUCAUAUGCUUAGGUGUAUUUAUCCUUACAUUUGCAGCUUCUUCUACACACUUUCUCAGUUCAGUUAGAUUUACAUCAUGUGGAGUUGGUGGCAUUCUUGUUUUGUCUGGUCUUGUCUUUCUAACAUGUAUAGAUCAAGAUGAUGCAAGGCACAAGUUUGGAAACUCUAGAGGUUUCACAUGUCCUUUGGUGCCACUGCUACCUAUAAUUUCUAUUCUUAUAAACUCUUAUUUACUUAUUAGUCUUGGGGGUUCUACAUGGUUGAGAGUUUCUGUAUGGCUAGCAUUAGGAAUUAUUAUUUAUGUUUUCUAUGGUCGAAACCAUAGCUCUCUCAAACUUGAUGAUGCCAAUUAUACCCCUUCAACCUUUUUUGCUUAAUUAUACAUGUCUAAGAAAAUAUUUCCACUUCA